AUGCCUACAAAGCCGGGUAGGGCCUUGGCCGGUUGUCUUGUCUCCACGGCACAAAAAAGGGAAGCCCAACAAAGACGGCCAGCUAAUCGCCUAUUCCUUCCCUCCCUCGCAUUCCGGCAGGCUCCGCCCAACGUUCGUCCGUGCGCCCCCGCGUCGCCGCUUCCUCCCUUCCUUCCGUCCGUCCUCGGCGAAUCGAAGCCGCUAGCCCCCGACAUCCAUGGCCGCCGCGUUAACCCGCCUCCGAUCCGCCGUCGAGCGGCUCGGGCCCUCCGCGCCCGCGCCCGCGCCUUCUCCGCAGCCGCUGCUGAGGCCGAGGCCGAGGCCGCGGCCGCGGGGCCGUGCAGCGACUCUAGGGCUUUCGCCGCGGUCUCGGUGGCCGCCGGCUCGGGGCUCGGGAUCUGGCUGCUGUCCUCGAACCCGCAGCCGCUCGCGGACUCCGGCCAGGCGGAGGAUGCCGCUGCCGCAGGCGGCGGAGGCAACAGCGGCUUCCCCGCAGCUUUCGGCGGUGUCGGAGCCACCGGGGAGCGGGAGGGCAGGUUCCUGUUCGGAGAUUCAUAUCGCCGAAGGGUGUUCUUCAAGUACGAGAAGAGGAUUAGGACGCGCAGCCCUCCAGAGAAGAUCUUUGAGUACUUCGCAUCCGUCCACAGCCCGGAGGGUGAGAUGUACAUGUUACCUACCGACCUGAUGAGGGCGGUUGUCCCCGUUUUCCCCCCAUCCGAGUCCAAAAUUGUCAGGGAAGGGAGAUUGAGGGGGGAGCGCCACCCUGGCGAGCUACAAUGUGCCCCAUCUGAGUUUUUCAUGCUAUUCGAUACAAAUGGUGAUGGAGUCAUCUCCUUUUCUGAGUAUAUCUUCUUUGUAACAUUACUUAGCAUCCCUGAAUCAAGCUUCAAUGUGGCUUUCAAGAUGUUUGACCUUGACCACAAUGGGGAAAUUGACAAAGAUGAGUUUAGGAAAGUGAUGACACUGAUGCGAUCCUAUAAUAGACAAGGAGCUGCCCAUAGGGAUGGUUUACGCUUUGGACGUAAGGUUUGUCAGCCGGUGGAAGAUGGUGGACUGGUCGAGUACUUCUUUGGCAAGGAUGGGAAUGAACAUCUACACUAUGAUAAGUUCUCUAGUUUUUUGAAGCAAUUGCAUGAUGAGAUUGUCCGCUUGGAGUUCAGUCACUACGAUGUGAAAUCAUCCAACUCAAUACCUGUGAAGGACUUUGCUUUAUCCAUGGUUGCUUCUGCUGAUAUGAAUUACAUAGACAAGUUACUGGAUAGAGUCGAUGAUUUGGAUGACAAUCUUGACCUCAAGGAUCUGCGCAUUACCUUUGAGGAGUUCAAGGCAUUUGCUGAUCUUCGAAGAAGGUUGGAACCAUUUGCAAUGGCUAUCUUCAGCUAUGGCAAAGUAAAUGGUUUGUUGACAAAGCUGGAUCUAAAACGUGCUGCAUCACAUGUUUGUGGAGUGGACUUGACUGACAAAGUAGUGGACAUAAUUUUCCAUGUGUUUGAUGCUAACUGUGAUGGUAACCUGAGCUCAGAGGAGUUCCUGAGGUCAUUACAAAGAAGAGAAAGUGACAUUCGCCAGCCAGCAACUUCAGGUUUCCUAGGGGUGAUCGCCUGCUGGCUGAACUGUACAAAGUGUUCUCUUCAACAGAUGCUGCCCCAGUAG